AUGGACAAGGCGUUAAAAAGGACUUAUAUUUAGCUGCUAAAUAUUAUCGCAAAGCUGAUAAACAGGGUCAGGGUAUUAUGGGCAACUCUUGGAUUUGGAAGCCUAAAUAUGAUAAACCUCCAAAAUGAAAUUACACGUGACUUAACGUAUUUUUUAUAUAAAUGUUAUAAUUCUUCCUUUUUUCAUAAAAUUUAUUAAUUGAAACUCGUUGUCAACAGCGAAUUCAUAGUUUUUUUUUUAAAAAAAAAAAAAAUAAACCAAUAUAUAUAAUCAAUAAUGGCCUCAGCCAAAGUAAUGGCUAAGCUUCAGGCAGAUCAAAAUUCCAUUGCUCAAAUGGCUGAACUUCAUGCAAAGCAAGGAGCAAUAUUAACAUCAUCGUUAACUAAAAAAGCAACUGCAGCAGCUCAACGUUGGCAUCAAUCAGUUUUAGCAACGCAAGCAGCACAGAAAACUCCACCAGUUAGAAAUGAGAUAGAAUUACUACAAAGACACGAAAAUGACUCACCAUCACUUUGCCUACAUUUAUAUCCAACUUAUUUCAAAUUCGAGCACGAGGAUGGAUUCUUUUCAUAUAAAAGUCAAUUUAAGGAUUUCUUGACUUGUAUUAAAGAUAAAAAAUUACCUGGCGACUUGAUGGAUGUUUUCAAUAAGGCUUCUUGUCGUUAUUAUGAUGGCUGUCUUAUUGUUGAAAUCCAUGAUCAUCGUUCUAAAAAUGCAGAGCCUUCUAAAAAAAGAAUUGUAAUGAAACCUACGGCAGAAAGUAUUUGGACAGAUAUCACUUUAUUAAGUGAAGAAUGGGGUUUUCCAUGUACAGAAGAUAUUGCAUUAGAAGUUGAAUCUCAAAUCCUUAUUGCUACAGAAGAACCACUUUGUCUUGAUCCUUCCUUUCAAGUCUCGCGUAUUAGUAAUGCAAUUCAAUAUACUACUUGUCAAAGAAAGCCUAAAAGAAAACUAAAAUAUAAUUCUGUUGAAUGUGAACAAAAACUAGCUAAGAAAGCUGAAAAUAAUAAAUUAAUGACGUUAAUGGAUACAGUGAGUGGCUUGUUCCAUUUUAUACACUAGAAUAGCUAAUUUUUUUUUUUUUUUAUUGUUUAAUACUUAGAGAGCCAAACGUGCAUUUCCCUUUGAACCUAGCUUUGGAAAAAUAUCAUAUGUACAGGAUUGGAGAGCGAAAAAGCUUAAAUUAGGGUCUGAACCAUUGCCUGCAAUUGAUAUUAAAAAGGGGAAAGGAAGGAAAGGUAUAUUAGAGCCACCA